CCUAUAAAAUGUCGCUGUCCCCAUCACCAACUCCACCACAACUCACUAUUGACACACCAAGGUUGUGUCAGGUGACCACGAGAACUGGACCAGAUGACAGUGACAUACGCCACGUACUCCUCAGAGGAGUUCAUUUCCAAGGUGGGCAACACGCCCUUGAUCAAGUACGAAGCGCUCUCCAAUGAGCUCGGGAGGAACAUCUACUUCAAGCUGGAGUCUUCAAACCCUGGUCAGUCCAUCAAGGACAGAGCCGCUGUAUACCUGUUGCGCGAUGCCAUCGCAAGGGGGUUACAGUCUGGAGACACGUUGGUCGAAGCCACUGCUGGCAACACUGGCAUCUCAUUGGCUCUGUUGGCACGCUCUUUUGAUCCUCCUUACAAGGUGAGGCUCUUUGUCCCGGACGUGUUGAUCCAGGACAAGGUUGACCUUUUGGAGUCUCUCGGGUGCACUGUUGUGAAGUGUCGUGUUGAUGUUGAUCAGGAGCAUCCUGAGUUCUUCCUGAACGUUGCACAGAGGUAUGUAGAUGAGCACGAGGGUGCGUUCUACGUUGAUCAGACGCACAACGUGAACAACAAGAGAGCCCACUUCGAAACCACGGGUCCUGAAAUAUGGAACGAGUUGCAAGGCAACGUGGAUGGGUUUGUAGCAGCAGCAGGGACCGGCGGCACGCUCUCUGGUGUCUCGCAGUUUCUGAAAUCCCAGAAAGAGGACAUUGUUAUAUGGGCAGCUGACCGGUACGGCUCUGGCUUGACGUCGUAUGUAACGACUGGUGGUCGUUCAUGGGAAUCAGAAGGAGACUCGUUCGUCGAGGGCAUUGGCAAGAAGUUCCUCACCACGCAGAUGGAAGGGCUGCUGGACCGUCUCGACAGCGCCAUCACCAUUGACGACACAACAACCAUCGUCACGAUCUACAAGCUAUACAACGACCAGGGCAUAUGGGUUGGACCCAGUGCCGGUGUCAACAUUGCUGCUGCUGCUGUGCUGGCAAAGAGGCUACCAGAAGGCUCCACCGUGGUGACAACGGCAGCUGACCUUCCACAGAACUAUGCGUCCAAGCUGUUCAACAGGAAGUGGUUAGAGUCCGCGGGCCAUUGGGAUUCCAUUCCUGAAGAGCUGCAUAAGUAUGCUACGUAUUUGUCUGUAUAGGAUGUUGAUUUGUCUAUAGAAAUGUCUCAUUUGUCUAUGGAAGUGUUGAUUUGUCUACAGAAAUGUCUCAUUUGUCUAUGGAAGUGUUGAUUUGUCUACACAAUGUUGAUUUGUCUACAGA